AUGACGGGUUCCUUCACCUCUCACGCCGCGGCGCGGCCACGAGGACUGCUAAUCACAGUGUGCUGCAUCAGCUUGGUCACCAUCUGGCUAUGCCGGCUGCCCAAAAUGUGCCUAUACGGCGAGAACAUGGCACUUGUACCAGCGGUAGCAACACACACGCCCCCGCCUGCACCACCACCACGGGCUAUCGACACCGGGAUGAGCCCGCCCGUACGACCCACCGUGGAUCUUUCCAAAGCCGACGCGCCGUUCAUCAGUUGGCCGUUGCAGCGUGUGUGCCACGAGAGCACGACUUGGACGCCGGGUGUGGUGUUUGUGUGCGACAACAACUCCGGUGGUAUCGGCAAUAUCCGCAAUUAUAUAUUGACGUGCAUCCGGUAUGCCAUCGACGCGGGUGCGACUGGGCUGGUGCUCCCACAGAUCCGGACGCGGUCAGAGGAAAACCUGUCGAACAUCAUGUUGGCGUACCGCGGGUUCGACUACUUCUUUGAUGAGCAGCAUUUCCGUCGCAGCCUGCUCGGGGCCUGCCCGCAGUUUACGCUGUACGACUCGACGGACGAUAUCCCUAAUGCACCCGACCCGUUCAAGGCCGAGCAGAUCACGCCGCGGAAUUUCGGCCGUCGCGGGGGGUGCGACAAGAGGGAGCUCAACAAGCAUACCGGUCGUUUCGACAAACAGUUCUGGUCGUACAUCAACGACACGGCGGCAGAGUUUGACCGACCGCCACCAAGCGUCUUGCACCCCCGCAUCAUUCGCUUUACUUGGGGCGUACAGUGGGACUGGCCGGUCUUUCGUGACGGACCGGAGUUCGUCGCUAGCUAUGGCGGUUUACUCAGGUUUCGGUCCGAUAUUUUAGCCCUGGGCAAGCGAGCGGCCGGGUACAUGCGUACCUUCUCGUCGCUGAGCGGUGGCGACGGCGCAUAUGCGGGUAUGCACUUGCGCACCGAGAGUGACGCGCUCAGCCGGUGGCCCAAGUUCCCUGAGCAGCGCGAUGCUUACCUCCAGCACGCGCGGGCGAUGAAGUUCAAGGCCGCGUACCUAGCUACAGGCAACAAGACAGAGGCGCUGAAGCUGACGCGUGCGGCAGACGAAGAGAAUGAUAUGGCGGUGAUUACGAAGCAUGACUUGCUGCUAGAGCACCCGGACGACUUAGAGGCGCUGCAAAAAUUGACGUGGGACCAGCAAGCGCUGAUUGAUUUCAUUGUGCUGUUGGAGUGUGACUAUUUCCUCGGUGUUAGUCCCAGCUCGUUCAGCAUGAACCUGGCUGGGAAGCGGCAUUUGAAAGAGGGGGGUCUCUACACACGGCCAUGGAGGAUCGGGGGUGAUGGUGACGGCCGGAGUUGGCUGGUCGGCAGGUAUGAGAACUACUGGGAGGACUGGCUGUUUAUGUUUGAGUCACUUUGGCCGUGA